CAGGUAGCAGACAGACUGACACGUAAGAGCCCUGCGUAAAAUUUAAGGAAGAAGCUGCAUCUUUCCCCUUAAAUUGACUAGGGACCGAACAGCCUUACCGCAGACUUGAUGAAUUGUUCGGCCGCCCUUUUUCAGAACCCCGUUUGAGCGCCUCGGAACCGACCGAAGCCGGACCGUAAGGCUGAUAGGAACCGACGCUCAAAAUGAGAUUUUCUGUGUUUAUUUCGGUCCUGCGGUCGCUCGGCCCGGUGGUAAUCGGCAUUUCUUUAGGGUUCACGUUGAGUUUAUUGAGCAUUAGCUGGACGGAAGAAGCGUGUCCCAUUGACGGUAAGGAGGGGGAAGAUGUGACUUCGGGUCAGGAUGGGCUGCUCAAAGGAGCCCGAAAGCCCAACUCUAUUUCGACUGCCAACGAUAUUGAGUCCGAAGAGGAUUUCGAACCGAGAAUAGUCCCAUACAAACAAGUCCAACCUAGCGCUCCAAAGAAAGUUUUCAGAGCUAAGUACAUCAGCACAGAGUUGGGGAUGCGCGAGCGCCUGUUUGUUGGGGUCCUGACAUCCAAAAACACCAUCAACACUCUGGGCGUUGCUGUGAAUCGCACCAUAAGUCAUCAUCUGGACACCGUGGUCUUUUUCACUGGCUCCCGCAACCGCAAAGUCCCUCACGGCAUGUUUGUGGUCUCUCAUGGUGACGAGAGGCUGAUAUGGAACAUGUUUCAGACCGUCAAAUACAUUUUCGACCAUGUCAUCAAUGAGUAUGAUUGGUUCUACUUUGUCCAAGAUGACGCCUACACAGAGGCCGACCGUAUCAAAGCCUUGGUCGAGCACCUGAGCAUGGAUCGAGAGCUUUACAUGGGCAGCCCCGAGGAGUUCAUCGGUGGGGAGAUGGAAGGGAAGUACUGCUAUGGAGGUUUUGGGUACCUUCUGUCUCGUAGCCUGCUCCUGCGACUCCAGCCCUUCCUGGAAAACUGCAGGAAUGACAUCCUGAGCUCCAGGCCAGAUGAGUGGCUCGGAAGGUGCCUCAUCGAUUACACCAGCACAAACUGUGUUGGUGAAUAUGAGGGACUUGAGUACCACCAUUAUGAGUUGGGAAAAAACUCAGAUCCAAGUAAAGAAGAGAAUGUGGCGUUUGAAAGAGCUCUGACUGUCCAUCCAGUGUCUGACCCAGAGCAGAUGUACCGGCUGCACAGGCACUUCUCUGAGAUUGAACUUCAGAAGACUUACGAUGAGAUUGCUAAACUGCAGGCAGAGAUAAAAAAUGUGAGUGUGGUCGCUUUCGAUGGCAACCGAAGCUCUCAGUGGCCGGUGGGCGUCAAUCCACCCUUUGAGCCUAAAACACGUUUCGAAGUUCUGAAGUGGGAAUACUUCACAGAGGAGGAGAUUUACUCCUGCAUCGACGGUGCUCCCAAAUGUGAACUGCGUGGCAUUGACAAAAUGGAUGUAGCCGAUGUCAUCGACACAGCGGUAGAAGAACUAAACAAGAAGUAUAUGCCUGCCUUACACCUUAAGAAGCAGCAGCUGAUUAAUGGCUACAGGCGCUUUGACCCCACCAGGGGCAUGGAGUACACCUUAGAUCUUCAGCUCGAGGUUGUUAAUCAGAAAGGUCACGGCCGGUCCAUCACCAAGAGAGUUCACUUGGUUCGGCCUUUAAGCCUCAUCGAGAUAAUUCCCAUGCCCUAUGUCACUGAGGCUACGAGGGUUCACAUCAUUAUACCUCUUACUCUGGAUGACCGGAGUUACGUCAACCAUUUCCUGGAAGUGUUUGCCUCAAAUGCCUUUGAGACCAGUGAAAACGCCAUCCUGACCUUCUUGUUCAUUUAUGACCCGGUGGAGGCGCAACAAGUCAACCACAAUGACAUAUUUGCUGGGGUGAAGUCUCAGAUAAAUGUCUACGAGCGCAAAUACCCCACCGUGAAAAUCCCGUGGAUCAGUGUCAAGACAGAAAUACCCUCCCAGAUCAAGUUCAUGGACAUCAUCUCAAAGAAGCACCCGGUUGACACGUUGUUCUUCCUGGCCCACGUCAACACAAACGUAAAUGCUGAAUUUCUCAAUCGCUGUCGCAUGAAUUCCAUUAACAACUGGCAGGUGUUCUUUCCCAUCCACUUCCAGCAGUACAACCCAGAUGUGGCUUACCACAACCAGCCCCGUCCAGCCACCGUGGAUCUGGUGAAAGACGCCGGGCGUUUUGACCGCAGGUCCUUUGACGAGGCGUGCUUCUACAACUCGGACUACAUGGCGACGCGCUCCCGAAUGGUCACAGACGUCCAAGAGAAUGAGGACAUCCUGGAAAGCCUCGACAUCUUUGACAUGUUUGUAAAAUAUUCAGGCCUGCAUGUUUUCAGGGCGGUAGAGCCAGCGCUGCACCAGCAAUACCGCUACCAGUCCUGCAACCCUAAGGUCAGCGAAGACGCCUACCAUAGAUGUGUUCAGAGCAACAUGGAAGGUCUCGGCUCGCGAUCCCAGCUCGCCAUGCUGCUGUUCGAGCAAGAACAGGGAAACAGUACUUGAAAAUACAGGAAGACCUUUGCUCCUGCUUGUUGUUUGAAUGGAUGUUCAAAGAGAUGUGCGGUAGUGUGGAGUGAAAGGGAGCAGCGUUGGUACGACACUCUGUAAGGUAAACCACACCUGGUCCCUAAUGAAGCCCAUUUUUGUGGCUCCAGCAAUACUUUCCUUAAACAUCAAGGGCUAGUAGGUUUGCCUAAGUUCUUAACUCUUUUUGUACAACAUUUUUUUUAGAAAUGAAUGCAGUACGUUCGUUAUGAAACAGUUUUAUAUGCUGACGAGUUGCUGAAACCAAAUGUUUUUACUGUGCUGACACAUUUUUAAAAAUGGCAUCAAACAACUUUUAACCACUUGAGAACAGAAACUCACGACUGAUUUAAAUUAAUUUUUUUAUUUUUUAUUAUUGUGUCUUAGUUUAGUUGCUUACCGAAGUAACUUAUUGAUAUUUAUGAAAGAGCCGGUACAGGAUGGGCUUCUGAGGACUAAGAUUGGUCAGGGUAAGGGUGAAUAUCAGGAAUUUGUUACAGCUGGAACCAGAAUGUGAGGGUAAGCCAAUCGGAGGAAAAGUAUAGCAGAGCAUGGCUUUGUCAUGGUGGUAGAAGUAAAUUGGCAUCAGUCAUGCAUCCAGAAAAAUACAUAUGUGACUUGUUGAAGCGAGUCAUAGAUUCUAUCUCUAGCUUGGUUAUCAAACUGCUGCAGGAAAUACUCUGCUCUCUGUAAUUUUGCGUGUAAUUGACUUAUGGGAGCUAAUGCACCGGCGACAGCAGCCCAUGACUUGGUAUGGGAGAUGUUUGGUUAAGCCAAUGAACCAAAACAAUCAGGGACUGGAGAUAAAAAAAGCUUUAGUGGGUUGUUGCUCUUCAGUGGGUUCAGACGUAGAAGAAACAACACCUGCUCACUUGGAGAAUGUCCUUUUUUAAAAGAGUGAGAGGUGUUUUUAAACCUGGGCGUCCAUUUGAGCUCCAAUAGAGUUUCAUUGAGAUAUUGCACCACUCUUUGUGUGUCCUGUCACGUCAGGACACCCAGAUAUUGCACUUUUGAUGCUUAACUGGUUUGAGUAUUUCCAAAAGUGUAGAAUUGUAUGAUGUGCCUUGAUACAGACUUUUAAUAACGUUGGCUGUUUUAAAAAGAAAAGAUUUAAUGUUUGUCUUGCAGUUCACCCCCUGAGGUGAUUUGCGUUGGGUGUGAGUUUUUGUUACGACAAAUGUGACUGAAUCGAAAGCAUGGGCGUUGUAAUCUUUCACUGUGGAUAAAGCCUGUUACAGCUGGGACCCUGAAGUGGGUAGCAAACUUGAACAUAUCAUAAUCCCAACCGCCCACAAGGCUGGAUGUGUGCCUCAAAACAGGGCGGGGUUCUCUGGAAAGUAUCUGUUGGUCUUCCAUAUUGAAUGCAAAACGACUUUGAGUUGAGUCUGUCUCUCUCCUUUUGGUGUUGCAAGAAACUUUAAAAGUAGGAAGCAGAGGAGACGCGAGGUCACAUGACCUUGCUAAAUGCCUAAAACUUUUUUCUGAAUCUUUUUUUUUAUUUUUAUUAAACAAUAGUAUUUUAGAAUUGAAUUAGGUCAGACUCUUUUCCUUUUUUUUCUUUCACAUCAACUAUGUGUGUAGUUGUUCCAAAGUGCUCUGGAUUGUAUUGUUAGUAUUUGGGUGUCAUUGUCCUCCUUUGACUGAGCUCCGUUGCUGGGAAACGCAGUGGGAGAUCCGUCACUGAGAAGUAAUGGAUGUAGCGGUACUAGACACCAGUAAGUUAUUAGUACAAUAUAAUGUGCAAUAUUCUAAAUAAUACAGUUUAGGGGACGGGACUUUUCAUUUCAGAGAUAACUGCCUGAAGUUGGGCAAUGUGUGUGUGCAUGUGUGUGUGUGUGUGUAUAUUUAUCACAGUACUGUUGGUGACUCAUGAUUUCUGGUUGAUGCAAAGUAAAUACACUGUAAUUUCUCUGAAAGGACCUUUUUUUAAAAAUAUAUAUAUUUUGCUCUCACCAGACACUUUUUGGCUUUCAAGUAGACUCUGCCGUGCACCAAACGGGGGGACUUCUUUAACCCUGCUGGCAUGUUGAUACACAUGUAGGACACACUACAUUUGCGGCGGAGCUCCUAAACAGCCGUUGCUGUUUACGCUGCCGUGUGAGCACAAAGCGUUCCGUUUUUGGUCAGUUUUUCUGGCAAUAAAAAAAAAAAAAAAACGCAUCUCUUUUUUUUUUCUAAAGAAAAUCUUUUAUUUAAUUCUAAAUAAAGAAAAAAUCAUAAAGAGAGCAGCCUUGGACCGUGACCUAGUAUGAAUGUUCUUUUUAGGUGUGAUGAUGAUAAUAUGCGGAAUUGGGUACUGAGUCUUCCAAAAAGGAAAAGAAAACACUGUGAAAGAGAGAGAGCUGAGAUUACAAUAGGAAGUCACAGAGAUGGCUUGUCUCUGCCUUCUGUCAACAAAAAAGGACUAUCAUUAAGGGAGAGGACAGAUUAAUUAUCUUGCAUUGUUAACACAGCCACCAUCGCUGAGCGAAGGCUCUUAAGUAUUUUGUCCAUUAUUUAUUCGUCUGUCGGAUCUCCUGAAUUACACAGGUUCUAAAUACUUCUGCACUAUCAGAGGCUUUCAUGAAAUUCUUUGUACAUGUAUGAAUAUUUUAUAGGCACUCUAUUUUUUAAAUCUCUUUUUUUUUUUUUUAGCUUUUACACAACAAGUGAUAUUUUAUUAUUGUCAUUAUUUGUGUGUUUAAAAUCAAAUGUGUUUUUUUUCCCCUUUUGUAACUUUAUGGUUCUGAUAUCUUGAGCAUUUCAUGUUUAUUUUUAAUCGAAUUGGAAAAAUCAAAUGCUUGCAGGAUUUAGAUUUCCAUUGAUAGUUUACACAGUUUUAAUGCUCAUGGGUACUCCAUUAAAACCAAAGCAGAACACGUCUUUCGACUUGAUUGCUGUAAUUUUCAAUGAACUGUGAAUUAAUGUAAUUUUUGAAUAAA